AUGGAUUCUACGCAUAAUACUAAUAAGCACGGAUGGCGUUUAUUUACCUUAUAUAUCCGCGAUGGCUGUGGCUGUUGGAAUGUCGGCGCCCACUUCUUUGUUAAUAAAGAAAAUAGUGAGGCUGUUGUGUCGGCAUUAAGGAUUAUUCGAAAAAAAUUUGCUCCACAAUGGAGUCCACGGUAUAUGCUUCUUGACCAAAGCAAUGUAGAAUCCAAUGGUGUCGCACUAACGUUCUCAGGUCUUUCUGUAG